AUGGAUAUGGAUGGGGAGAUGGAUCCAGGGGAGCAGUGGCAACGGUGGAGUGUUCCGGCUGCAGAGGUGGGAGGGAGCCGGGGGAUCGGCGGCCGUGGAGGGCUCCGGAGGGGAGCAGAGUGUGACGGCAGGUGUCCAGCGGAUCCCUGGCUGCUGUGGGUUCCAGAAAAACGGAUUAGGAGGGCAGAUCAGGGUUCUGUCUUAGGACCGAUACUUUUCACAUUAUACAUGCUUCCUUUAGGCAAUAUUAUUAGGAAGCAUUGUAUUAACUUCCAUUGUUAUGCAGAUGACACACAAUUGUAUUUAUCUAUGAAGCCAGAUGAAACUGAUCAGUUAGCUAGACUGCAAGAUUGUCUUAAGGACAUUAAAACCUGGAUGACUUUUAACUUCCUACUGCUAAAUUCAGACAAAACUGAAGUCAUUGUAUUUGGCCCCAAACAUCUUAGAAACUCGCUUUCAAAGCAAAUAGUUACUCUGGAUGGCAUCACAUUGGCCUCCAGUACUACUGUGAGGAAUCUUGGAGUUAUUUUUGACCAGGACAUGUCCUUUAACUCACACAUAAAGCAAGUCUGUAGGACUUCCUUUUUUCACCUGCGUAAUAUUGUAAAAAUCAGGAACAUUCUGUCUCAGAGUGAUGCAGAAAAAUUAGUUCAUGCUUUUGUUACUUCCAGGCUUGACUAUUGCAAUUCCUUAUUAUCGGGUUGUCCAAAUAGUUCUCUCAAACAUCUACAGUUGAUCCAAAACGCUGCUGCGAGAGUACUGACAGGAGUUAGCAAAAGAGAUCAUAUUUCCCCUAUACUUGCUUCUCUUCACUGGCUUCCUGUUAAAUCCAGAAUAGAAUUUAAAAUCCUUCUUCUGACAUAUAAAGCUCUUAAUAACCAAUCUCCAUCAUAUCUUAAAGAUCUGAUAGUACCUUAUUAUCCUAGUAGAACUCUUCGCUCUCAAGCUGCAGGCUUACUUGUUGUUCCUAGAAUUUCUAAAAGUAGAAUGGGAGGCAGAGCCUUCAGUUAUCAGGCGCCUCUCCUGUGGAACCUGCUCCCAGUUUGGGUUCGGGAGGCAGACACCCUCUCUAUUUUUAAGACCAGGCUUAAAACGUUCCUUUUUGACAAAUCUUAUAGUUGGGGCUGACUGGGUGACCCACAGGGGUUCGGCUUGUGUCUUCAUUUGCACAGCUGACUCCUUCUUGGACGUCCCUUCGUUCUGCCUCUAGUCAUGCUGCUAUAGGCCUAUAGGCUGCUGGGGGACUUUUCUUGACGCACUGAGCCCUUCUCUAUCUACCUUUACAUUUAAUAUGUAUACCGUUAUUGCAGUACAUUCACUCUGUUUCCCCCUGUGCUAUUUCUCCGAGUGUCCCUGGUCCCAGAGCUGGAUGCUUCAGAUCUGCGGUUGAUGUUCCACCAGCUGGUCCAGUCUCCACCAUGUCCACUGUGGGAUGCUGCUGCUGACCUUCCUCCAGCCCUCUGCUUCCAACUCCCUUUUUCCACCAGUCAACUCUGCAUUGCCUUCACUAUACUGUUAUGCUAACUUACAUACUGUUUGAAUUUUACUGCUAGCUAUAUAUGGAGUAUGUUUAAUGUCAGAGCCGUACAUCAUAAGAGUAAAUUAUGAGUCAGUUUUCAAUGUUAGCUUAUACUUUGUCUGUGUCACAUAUCCUGUCAUGCAUGUAUCCAAAUGUGUGUUGUGUUUUCCUUGCUUUCCCACCCCUCCCUCUUCUCCCAUCCCUCCCCCUUGCCCUCUUCUGUCCUUCUCAACCCGCCCGGCCAGCAGGCAGAUGGGUCCCCCGAUAUAGAGCCGGGUUCUGCUCGAGGUUUCUUCCCUGUUAAAAGGGUGUUUUUCCUUGCCACUGUCGCCUUUGGGCUUGCUCUGGGGGUCAGGCAUUUGGGUUCUGUAAAGCGUCUUGAGACGAGUUGACUGUAAUUGACGCUAUAUAAAUAAAAUUGAAUUGAAUUGAA